CCACCCAUGAGCCUUUUUCCACCCCGUCUCCUGGGUCCCACCUCGUAGACCAGCCAAAGGAUGCGAUCUGGACGUCCCCCGAUGGCCAGGAGAGGAUGGGAAGGAACAGGGUAGUCGGGAGCUUUAAACCCAAGGGCAAAGUUCUGGGGCAGAGGCAGGAGUUGAGAGAAGGCGGGGAGUUCCAGGUCCCGCCCGGAGCAGUCCUCCCGCUCCGCGGACACCCGGAGUGAGCGGAAGCGGCGGCUGCGGCGAGGAAAUCCGGAGCCAUGGGGUGCACGCGCGAUGCCAUCCUGGAUGCGCUGGAGAACCUGAGCGCAGACGAGUUCAAGAAGUUCAAGAUGAAGCUGCUUUCAGUGCCCCUGCGCGAAGGCUACGGACGCAUCCCACGCGGGACGCUGUUGCCCAUGGAUGCCGUGGACCUCACCGACAAGCUCGUCAGCUACUAUCUGGAGGCUUAUGGCGCCCAGCUCACGGAGCUCGUGCUUCGCGACAUGGGCAUGCAGGAGGUGGCGAAGCAGCUGCAGGAGACGCUGCGCAAGGCCUGGAAGCACAUGCGGAGCUGAGCUACAUAUUGAAACACUGCACAGGCUCAGAAACGCUCUUCAAAUUGAAAGCCCUUUGGUGAGUCCCAAG